ACCUUCCUCGUUGGAAUCAAAACCACGCCAUUUUGCUUAUAUAUUUUACCCCAAUCAACAAAUACACACAACACGCACUGCCCACGCACCGUCCACCAAAUCUUAGGGUUUCCUUUCCGCACAAUCCAAGCGAACAAGGAACAAAUUCGAUUUUCCAUUUCGGACUUUCCACUUUUUGACUUUUUUCCUUUUGCGAAUGGCAAAGAAGAGGAAAUCCGACGCGACGCGGCUGGACGAGGUGGAUCGUGGCAUGUACACCGCCUUCUGCGGCGCCGCCAAUUCCCUCUCGCAGCUCUAUUCGCAGGCAGUCAACCACCAGCGCCUCUCCUUCCACGCCGGAGAGCGACACGCCAUGGAGAAGCUUUAUAGCUGGCUUUUGAGGCAGCAAGAAAAUGGUAUUAGAGUGAUGCCCGGUGACAUACUCGCCUAUGUGCAGAACGAACUCGAUUUUGGGACGGAUGAGACUCCAUCGCUACCACUCCUCACUCAGCAACUUUCUCAAACUGCAAUGCAAUCAGCUCACACAGGAAUCCCAAUAUCAUCAAAUGUAUUUGGUCCUUCAGCUGCUGGACAAGGAUUGCGUUCCGGCAUCUCAGACCAACCUAAAAACACUGUAUUCUCUAAUGCCCUCUCCAGUCCCGUUCGUCGUAGCCUCCAGCAUUACCACCCGUCGCAAGGCAGCCAGUAUGCAAGCAACAACGCUGUACGGGGCAAUGAUAAUAGCAGCACCCAAACCAGAGAUCUUAACCCCCCUAGCUCUAACGAUACCUCGAUGGAGAUGCACGCUGACAGCCCUGGCCACGACUCACCUUACUAGAUUCAUCUGCCCGCUAGAGAGUCAAGCAAGCACUCUAGAGGGCAAACAAGAAAUCAAAUUGUAGUUAAGGAAUUGAUGAUACUAACUCAAAAGUGUGAACAAGAUUGAAUUAAGUGCAAGUGAAUUUUAUGAUAUUGGAGGUUUCUUUUCA